CACCUAUCGCUGCCGGCACCGGUCCAAAUUUCUCACUGGCCGAUCUGGACAGCUCCUCCUACUACAGCAUGAGUCCAGGAGCCAUGAGGAGACCGCUGCCCAGCACCUCCUCCUCCAGCUCUGCCAAGAGGAUAAAGUGUAUGGAGGAGGACGUGGACAGUCCCGGCGAGGAGUCCUACUACCCCAGUCAGGGUCGAUCUCCGGGCAGCGGCAGCCAGGCGAGCAGCUGGCACGACGUGGAGCCAGGGAUGCCGUCGCCCGCCGGCGUCCUAAAGAAGUCAGAGAAGUCUGGUUUCUGCGGCGCCGUGCCUUCGCCGAGCGGCUCCGCCUCCACCUCCUCCACUUCUUCUUCCUCCUCUUCCCCCCGAACGGCUUUCACACACCAUCACCGGCCCGUCAUUACCGGGCCUCGAGCGAGCCCCCAUGCUCCCCCCUCCAGCCUCCACUUCUCCUCCUCCCCCAUCCUGCAGCAGCCCGGCUCCUACUUCUCCCACCCGGCCAUCAGGUAUCACCCGCAGGAGACGCUCAAGGAGUUCGUCCAGCUGGUCUGCCCUGACUCCGCCCAGCAGGCCGGACAGGUGGGCUUCCUCAACCCUAAUGGUAGCUCCCAGGGAAAGGUCCACAAUCCUUUCCUGCCGACGCCCAUGCUGCCUCCGCCUCCGCCUCCCCCGAUGGCACGUCCCGUCCCACUGCCCGUCGACGCCAAGCCGCCCUCCACCUCCUCCACCGAGGGGGGAGGCAACUCACCCACCUCACCCACCUACUCCACCCCCACUUCAUCUCCAGCCCAGCGGUUUGUCAGCGUCGGACCCAGAGACCCUGGCUUUAACAUCCCUCAGCAACCACAGUGGUACCUGGGAUAGGGACUCCAGACGCCCCUCUCCCCUCCACCCACCUGUACGACAGAUCGCUGCAGCCUCCUCCUCAACCUUUGACCUUUGAUGCCAGCUGCGACAGAGAGUCCUGUCUUGCCCCGCCCCUACAGCCCUCGUCCUCCCCCCUGUGCGCCUGACUCAGCCCCCACCAGCGCCAUACACAAACUCAGCAGCAUCAGCAUGGCUACAGCGGAUCAAACGCACCCCAACCACCCACUCUGUAAACUGUACGUCACAGACUUCCCUGUGGACAUAUGUUUCAUAUGUCGAUGUCCGUAUAUAGUGCCAGACCCUGCCCCCCUUCCCCGAAACCAGACCAGGCUGAGAAUCCGUAGGGGGAUUGAGUCUUCAGUUUAUGGGAACACCGCAAGACUGAAUCACAGAGCUUCCCCUCCGGAGAAACUACUUUCCCAUCAUCCUCUGCAGUGUGUGCAUCCAGUGGACUUACAGAAGUGCAGUGCCCUCCCCAGGCCCACCAGCCGGGCCCCCCAUCCUGGUGUAUCCUAAAGGGUUUGGUUUGGUUGGUGGGACAGGAAGGGAUCCACCGUGGUUUAGGGAGAAGGGAGGUGUUACCUGGCUCAUAAACCACCAGCUAAUACCUCCGAUCCCCCCCCUCCGCCCCGCCUGAGCCCUCACACACCUCCUGGGAUGGACUCCACCUCCCCACUUGACUCCGCCCCCUGGUUGGUGGCCAUGUCGGGGAGGGAGGAGCUCGACAAGGGUCUUUCCAAGGACAUGGACCAGUGCUUAAUGGAAAGACCAGAUCCGAGGGCGGACGUGGUGUGGGCGCAAACAGUAAUAACAUAAACUCCGCAUGAAGAGGGGGGUGGGGGGCGGGGUGGGGGGGUUAUACAUGUGGGGAAGCAGAGGUUUAUUGAUGUGAAGUGUUGCGACCAGACGCUGGUGGAUCCAAGCUCGUUUAUCUGAGAGGCUUUGGCUUCGUGGCUCAUUGAUUUUUCUCUUUCAGCCGUCAUUUCAGCUGGUCGCCCUCCUCUUCCUCCGCUAUCCAUCCACCAGUCUGGGUGAAGCUACAGCAUGCUAAGGGUGGACAGAAAGCUCUGGUGUCCGAAAACGCGGCAGGCAGGCAGGCAGGCAGGCAGGCAGGCAAGAGAGAGAAGAAAACUUUACCAGUGGAAUAUUGAUCAUGAGGAAAGUGCAAUUUUGUUGGCUAGCUGUUGGAUAGUUAAAUAUCUUUGUAAGAUAGCUCGUUGAAAUCAGUUGUUGAAAGGUAUAUAUAUAUAUAUUUUUCUUCCUAGUCCGCUCACACCUCUGGGACUCUAAAAUAUUGGGGUACAAAAGACAACAACACAGCAUUGAACUAGAAACCAUAGCCUUGUGAGAAAUAACGGGAGCUGGAUUGACAUUUAUUGUUUAUUUUUUGUUGUUGUUUUUUCAUCUUGUAAAGCUGUUAGCAUGGUAGAACAAGAAUCCCUUUAAGAAAUAUAAUUUUAAACAAUCAAUUUUUAAAAAAAGCAUUUCUUGCAGCUUAAGUCUGCUUUUUAUUUUCUUUUAAAAGAAAAAAAAACGCUAAGCGAUUAAUUUAUUUUAAUGAGCACAUCGUUUUACGUUGUAAAAAAAAAAAAUUAAAGCGAUUAGAAUUUCUCAUGAGGUUGGAAUCAGGAGACGAUAUAACGAGUGAAUUUAAGCUUAAAGGUGAUCACGUUUUCUCCAGUUUCUGUUGGCGAGAUAAUCUUUAACGGGUGUCGCCCGGUGAUGGGCUGCCCAGUGAUUGGCUGGGUCUCCUAGAGGUCCCCUUCCAAUCAAAAGCACUUAUUCCUGCAGUUGGCCAAUGGGCCGCGAGUGUGUAAUCAGGGGGUGUUGUUUAGCGAUAAAGAGGCACAGCAGAGGGUUAACCCUCUGGAAGCUUUCGUCCACGAAUAAGACAAGACAGCUGAGCGCUUCACAUGCAACUUACCAUUUUAUUGAACUUUUGUUUUUCCUUUUUCCUAUACUAUAUCUAUAAAUAUAUACAUACACACACACACACACACACACACACGCUUACGACCAUCCAGCGUCGAACAAAAGUGAAUUUAAGUGAAAAAGUUUUUUAAAAAAGAACAAAAAAAAUCUGCAUGUUGUAGUGUUAGUGACAAAUUUUUCCAUAGAUGAUGUAGUUAGUGAGAUAAAGACACUAUAUUGUAAAACCCAACAUCAGGCACUUGCCAGCAGCCGUCUAUUACUUUGGUCCCCGUCAAGGCCUUUUCUAUCACAACAACAACCAGCUCUCUUCGCUUCUCAGCAUCUCUCCAUUCAUUUAUUUCUACUUCCUUUCCCUACCCCUGCUUCCUCCUUUUCCUUCAGCAACAGAUCAAUUCUGCUUUUCAGUUCUCGAAGACGUUCUCUUUCAUCCGUACGUUAUCAAAAUUGCACGAAAACAAUUGUUCCUCAUCAAUGUGCCUUGAGCUACGGUCCAGUCCUGAGAGGUUGCACAAGAUCCAAUGUGGAGAGUCUUGUUUUAUUAUUCCUUAUUAUUUUAUUUUAUUUUCCAUAUUUUCUUCCACCCUCCACAACUGAGAUUUUGUAGGUAACUGGAGCAAUUAACGUCAUAGCGUCACAGCUGAAGAGGAACGCUGUGAUUUCCAGAAUGACUUAUCUCAGUUGUUUAGAGGCUUCAGGCCUGCGCUGCACUGCUUUCUGUCCCCUCCCCUGCCCACCUGCAGCACUGAGCAGGUGAAGUCUACAGUCAGGUCAGUCAUCUCCGGAUCUCUAACAGACGGCAACACGGUCAAAUUUUGUGAGAUGAGCACAAAGUUACAGGCUUUGUGAUGUUGGCAGGAGUGAUGUGACGAUGAUAUUCAUCAACAGUGAAAACAAAAUGAGUUUAACAUUUAGAGCUAUAGCGCCUGUUAGCUAAUGGUCUGAUAAAAUUGUUUCAUUCAGGUUAGCUGCAAAGACACUAUAGGUUACUAACUAAAACCGGUUUAAACUGAAAAUAUUUUAAAAUCUUCUGAAGUCCCCAAAAGGUCAGUUUAGCAGCUUAAAUAGUUUUGUUCAACUUAGCUAACAUGUCAGCAGCUAAAGCUGAUUGAUUUGAGUUAGCUAACUGUUGAGUUUAACAGCUAAACAGUUUGGGUUUGCAAACAGUUCAGUUUUUUCUGCAGUCCCUAACAAUUUAGAAUCCAAACCAGUUUGAAUGAGCCAAGCUAACAGUUCAGUUUAGCAGCUAAAGCUGAUUGAUUUGAGUUAGCUAACUAUUGAGUUUAACAGCUUAGACAGUUUGGUCCAACUUUGCUAACUGUUUAUUUUUGCUACUUAAACAGUUGGCUUCGCAAACAGUUCAGUUUUUUCUGCAGUCCCUAACAAUUUAGAAGCCAAACAGUUCGAAUGAGCCAAGCUAACAGUUCAGUUUAGCAGCUAAAACUGAUUGAUUUGAGUUAGCUAACUGUUGAAUUUGGUUCAGCUUUGCUAACGGUUUAUUUUACCUGCUAAAACAGUUUGGUUCCUGUUAGCAAACUUUUAAAAACUUAACUGUACAAGUGUGCUGGCAAUUUCAUUGAAAAACACAUACACUGAAACUGAUAUGUGAGAAUACAUCGUUGAGACUUCGUACUCAUUUCGCAAAAUUUUAUGAUGCCAGGAUCUUGAGAGCAGACGGAGCUUAUGAAGGCUAACUAACUAGUAGAUUAGCUCAGUUUAGCAUGUAUAGCGUCGCCCGUCCCCUCCAUCCUGUCCUUUGUGUGGCGGGAUGAUCUUUACUUCUGUUGCUGCCGUCUCAAGUGCAGCUAAAAACUUAAAUUUUCACGUCUUCCUGACUUAAUAUUUGGUUUGUUCGUUCUACUACUUUUGUUCCCAGAUGAAAUGAAAUAAUGAGGACAUAAAAUAUGCAAUACCUGCUUGCACUCACUUAACACUUAAUUUUGUCUUUUGUUGUUUAUUUCGUUUGUUUUUUUCCUUUCUCCUUUUACUUUCAACCAAAGUUGGCGUGCACGUGACUGGCAUUGUGCUCCGUGGUUGGUCCCUAAAAAUGGUGAAGCCAGCCCCACGGCGACGCUCCAGCCAAGCUGAGCCACCGUUGCUCGGGGAAUUCUACUUCCUUCCUUCCUUCCCUCCUUCCUGUUUUGAUAAUAUACCAGACGGCCACAUUACUACAUUCGGGUCUCUCUUUCCUAAAGGUUUAUUUUUUAUUUCUUUGGUCACAAGCAAGCCUUGAACAAGUCAAACUUCUUCUCCAUCACGCAGAGAACAGUUUAUCAAAAAAACAACAACAUUUUAAUGUUGUCCCGCUCUGCCCGGCAGAGGAUUGAGUAAAUAAGUUGUUUACCUGUUCCGUCUUUCAGAUGUAAUGGACAGCGCCGCAACGCCAGUGAUGGUUUAGUAGUUCCACUUGUAUGGGUUGCGUGUUUCCUCUUAGUGUGACAUGUUAAAUCUUUUGUCUCUGUUCUUGCCUACCCUUUAGCCAUGAGUUGGGCAUUACUUCCUUAAUUAUCUGCACUAAAUAUGAAAUAAAUAGUGAAAAAGUAUUACAUGGGGGGGAAAAUACAGCUUCCAGGGCUUAAAAAGAGCGAAGGGAAUUAAAAAAAAUAAAUAAAAAAUUGCACGGACAUUUUUUUAAAGUGUCACAAAACAAACCUUGUGAAACAGCCUAGCAUCUAAUCAGCGACUUUUUGGCUGUGUGUGUAAGAUAACGACAAAAUUGCACCCUUUUUAAAGAAAGAAAAAAAGAAAAAGAAUUUAAAAGCAAUAGUUUGGGCAGUGUGUUGUUUUUGUUCUUGUGUUGUGUGUGAUAUUUAGUUCUGGUACAGCAGCGAAGAGACGCAGAGAAGAGUUAGCUCUUAGCGGACGGGAGGGCAGAGCAGCAAGGGCCAUCGGCCGGGCAGGGAGACACGUUUGUAAUGUUGUAUAGUUUUAUUAAUUACACUGAUUUUAAAGCUGCCCUAUUUUAUAAUGCAGGACUUUUGUAACAUUGAUUAAAUGAGGAAAAACUAGUGUUGUGAAUUUUCUGAUUGUUUGUAUCGAGGUCACAUUACUAGAACUGGUUUGUUUUGUUUUCUGGGAACUGGAUUUAAGUUGAAAACUUUCCUGUUUCCUCAUUUUCUUUAUUUUUUUUCUUUCAUUUGCUUUCCUUUUUUUGUAUGUAUUUAAGGACAUUUCCUCUGUUGAUGGUAUAGCAUAUUCCUGUACCUAACACGUAUAGGGCGCUGUGGUGAUAAGACCAUUGUAAAUGGAUGUUACAGUAUGCUGUAUGUUUUGAAGGUUAUUUGUUGCAUCUGUGUUGAUGAAGCUAAAUCUAGGUAAUUCUGAGGAAAAUUGGUAAGAAAAGCAAGCGUUUUUUAUGCAUUUUAAAAAUUUAGUUUUAGGCAGGAGACAAUGACAUAGCCAGCCAAUGGAUGCCCCUACUAUAAAUGCAUCUAGGCAUCUUUUUUUGUGUUCACCAUUCCAUGCAGGAAAAUAAACAGCUUGAUUAUGCAACAUGA